AUGCCUCAAAUCAUUGAGAACACCGGCAGCACGGCACGGGACUUCUGCAUGCUCGAGCGAAACUGUUUGGCUCACAUCAAACUGGCGCUUCUGCUUUCUUUGACGUCCUAUUCGGUGCUACUUCGCGCUCGACUCGCUAUCAAGGGAGAGGACGAGCCAGGAACCGGCCUCACGAAUGCAGGCCUACCCAUAGCUACGUUGCAAUUCUUGGCAGCCAUGGGUGCUAUCGCCGCCGGACUUUUCGAGUACCAUCAAGGAUACAAGGAUAUGCGGCACAUGCGCGCUUUCUUAGUAUCUAAGAAACCACAUUUUGCCAUAAUCACGGUCGUCACGGCGAUCAUUAUGACUACAUGUGUAAUCUUGUUGGCGGACGAAAACGACCUAUGA